AUGACUCAACCUCGCCCGUCCGAAUCAGUUCGGGCUAUCAUAGAGAGCGCCGUUCCAAACAUAAGGCUUGAGACUGUCUCUAUAAUAUCUACAAAACGACUUCUGAGGGCUUUCAAGGUCAAGCUCGCUAACGAGCGGACCUUGUUAUUAAAAUUAUUACCACCGCCCUCAAGGUUGCUUCGCUACGAGAAAUGGUUCGUGCAAUCAGAGGCAGCCGUCGUUGAGUGGUUAUCACAAGAUGCUUGCGAGCGAGACGACAAGGGCUCUCAGAGCCCUGACGAGAAGAGAGCUGGUAAACGCCCCCGCGAGGCGUACCCGACAACAAGGCGGUCAGAUCAGACUGCCUCGGCUAAACCAUCUUCAUUCGAGAGCCAACUACGAAGAUACCUGCCGACUCUAAUCGUACACUCUUCCAUUUCAACAGAGACUAGCUCUGCAUUUUGUCUGUUCGAGCCAACACUAGGCGACCCUAUAUCGAGCCUGGGGAAACCUCUAACGCUCGCAGAACGGAGGUCUGUCGAUUUUCAGAAGGGUCGCCUCAUACGGUGCAUUGCCAAUGUCAAGUCACCAAAUGGAAGGUUUGGCCAAGUAGCAACAGUGCUCGAGCAACCUCACGUCUCUGAUGAGAGUAAGAGAGUACUUCAAGAAACAAAACUGGACUUUGACGGCGCAGACGGUUGGAGAAAGACCUUUCACCUGCUUCUCGAGGGCAUCCUCAGAGACGCCGAGGACCGAGCAGUAACGAUGAGUUACGAAUUAGUCAGGACAACAUUCCGCAAGUUCGCCCAUUUACUCGAUGCUAUCACGACACCCCGACUAGUGGUCAUUGAUGGCGACGAAGACGAAGUCGUGCUUGUAGAGGAGCCAGAAAAAGUAAAAACCAAUCAGGAAGAGGACAAGCUCGAGACGUUGAAAGAGAGCGCCAGGAUAAAAGUGGAACCUGAAGAUUCUGAUGCUGAGUCCCAACAACAACACAACACAAGAGUCCUCGAGAUUACGGGGCUACAAGACUGGAGUAACUGCAUAUUCGGUGACCCAUUGUUCGCGACAGUCUUCUCGCAUACAACGCCUGAAUUCGAACACGGGUUUCGUCAGAUCAACAGAGACAAGGAUUCUGAUGAACUCCACGAUAUCAAAGAAGAAGAUCAUGCUACUAGUAGCGAUGAAGAAGAAGGCAGCAAAGAGGUGAAAAAGGAAGAGGAAAAGAAAAAACAACAGGACGUCGACGUCGACAUUAUCGAAGACCCAGAGAACGCGUCGACCCGCAUCCUCCUCUACGAGUGCUACCACGCCACAGUGGCCAUCGUCAAACAGUUCUACCGGCCCGAUGCCGACAGCAGCGAGCGCGAGAUCGCCGCCCGCCGGCGGCUCGUGGCGGCGCUGGCGAAGCUCGAGCACGUCGAUGCCAGCGAGUCUGCCGGGAAGAGACCACGACGGCCAAGCGACGGCGAUUGGCCGGUGAAGCGGCCCCGAGGUGAUACCCCGGUUACAUGA